AUGCAGAAAGCCAAACAAGCCGUCCAUGACUUCAUCUCCCAAGAUGGAAAGCACACGACCACCGUCCACGAGGACUCCCGCAAGGCUGUUACGGAGGAACACGUCCAGCCAGAGAGGCUCGAGAACGUGACAACUGCUGUGGACAAAGAGGUUCAUCAGGAUCACCAUCACACCACUGUUCAGCCUAUCAAGCACAAGGAGGUCCUGCCUGAGAAGCACACCCACAAUGUUGCCCCUGUCGAGCACAAGACCUUCGAGCAUGGAAACAAGGACCACGUCCGUUCCACCCUCGAGCGCGAUGCAGCUAAAUACAAAUACACCAGCGUUACGCACGACACUAAACACACCUCUACAACAGCUCCCGUCGUGGAGGGACAGCACACCCACCACCACGUUCACGAGCACAUCCAGCCGGUCAUUCAGAAGGAGACGGUGGCCCCCCAGGUGGUUCACACCACCAUUCCAGUCCACGAGACGCACCAUGCCGGAGCCGUGCACCAUGGCAUCUCCAUCCUGCCUGCCAAGACCCUAGACGAGUUCAAGAAUGACAGACCCUUGGAAGGUCACAGUCUGCGCAAGGUCGCCGAAUACGAGGGCUGCCCUACGAACUACGAGGGAGGCCAUCAGCGUGAGACGCUCGAGGGGGACAAGAACAUGCACAUGCAUACCCAGAACCCCAAGGCUAGCCGCACUGCCGGCCUCGGCUCGGAAACUGGUCAUCACAACCGAGAGGCGAUUGGUGGUGCUACAACUACAUCUAGCUCUGGUCUGAACGAGAACAAGACGCACAUGAGAUCCGAUCUCGAUGGCCGUACUGACCAGGGCCACACAACCACUGGGGGUUUGCAAGGCACCAAGAAGGUCUCACUUGGGGAUAAACUCAAUCCUUUCAAAGACGCCGACGGCGAUGGAAAGAAGGGAUUCAUGGAUUGA